GUGGUCUGCGGAGGCGCAGACGGUACUGUGACAGAGGGCUGAGUACACUUUGUUGGGUCUUGCGAUACCUCGACUCCAGUAGCAAGAGGGGCAAACCGCGAUGGAGAUGUCGGGAAGCCGACUACUAAGGAGGGCGCAGGUGUACACUGCACCGUGGUUAGGAGGCGCCGCAGGGAUGCGAGGCGCUGGGGGGGGGACUGAGCACGACGCUGGCGAGAGAGCUCAGCGUAGUGGUGGUCCAGGGCGGCGGUGUAAGGGCACCGCGAGGAGGUAUGACCGUCCUGGCGGCAGCUCAAACACCCACGCCGCCCCAAAAUGGCCGCGCGCUCCUCGGCGGAAAGCACACCGCGAGGAGGGACAAAGCCCUGAGGGUGGUCCUGCUGAGGUACCUCAGGGGAUGACGCGCCAGCGUGACCAGAGUGGUUGCAUGCCGGGAGAGGGUGGAGAGGGCGAGCUGGAGGCGCUCGGCUAUAUGGAGGGUAAAGUCCUCCAGGUGGUAGUGGACGGCCUCACAGAGGUCGAGGUCGCCGCUAUGGUCACCCUCAGGCGACAGGGGGGCAACAGCGUCCUGCUCCCCAUACUCGAGCGCGCUGAAGCGGUGCGAGAAGUGGCGGCCCUGCUGCGCGGAACGGUGGGGGCGACCGUGGAAAGGGGAACGGCGCUGGGAAGUGUCGUGAGAGGAGGAGUCGACGUAACUAGUGCGCUGAGGCUGGGAGGAGGAAGGGUGUUGAAGACGGGCCUGCAUCCGCUGAUGGGCCCUAACGACCUCGGAUUAUGCGCGAACAGUCUUGUUAGAGUCGUUGAUAUGGAGGUAGCGGGAGCGCAGCAGCAGUCGGCGGACAUGGAGGCAUCGGAAGUGAGAAGUGGGGAGAACGUUGGGUCUGGUCACACGGUUGCGUCUUCUCCGCGGCCAAGUGAAGAUUCGUCCAGCGCAGCGACGGCGCCUUCUCCUGCUCGACCUGAGGGUCUCCCUCCUCCUCCUCCUCCUCCUGCUCCUCCUCCCUCUCCCCCUGCAAAUCCAUCUCCGUCCCCGUGCCCAUCUUCCGUCCCCUGCUCGAUUGCGGACAGUGCGGGAGCUGGCGACUUGUCUGACCGGGAUGACAGACCUGGUGAACAGGGCGCAGCCGCUUCCUUGGGCGGCGCAGACGAAAACGAAUCCGAAGUAAUCGACGGGUCGGGGGCAGGAGCGCCGGUGAAAUCGACGGCGGUGCAAUCCCCGGCUGACAGCGAUCCCGUCAGCGGGGCGGCGUCCGCCGCGCGAACGGCUGUUGAUGCUGAUCCCGUCGAUGCCGAGAGGGAGCGCAAUGGAGGAGAAGAGGUUGGUGUACACUCUUCUUCGGCAUCAGUGAAGGCAGCCACAGCGGCAGCAGCCACAGGGGUCCAAUCUUCUUCCGAAGAUUUGUCCACCGAAGAGCAUGGCGAUGAGGCACUUGAUAAAGCGGCGGCGGAGAUUACGGCGGAGGUUACGGCGGAGGUUACGGCGGAGAUGACGGCGGAGAAUACGGCGGAAAGCGCGGUGGGUAAUCCGACGACGAAGGGUGCGGCAACCCAACGCGCGCUGGAGAUCGAGGCGGCAGCGCAAAGCACAGUCGAACGGGCGGAAGAGAAUAAGAUGGCGGAUUUGGGGGAGGAGGCGGAGGCGGCGGGCAAUCCGGCGGAUUGUGCGGGAAGUGUGGGGAAGAAGGGGGAGAUGCCGAGCUUGAAUAUGACGUCGAAUCCUGCAUCAGCAGCAGAUGCAGCGGGUGAGGUGUCACCCUCACCCUCUGCAGCGGAGGAGGAUGAGAGUUCUUCGGCUGGCCAGAAUGAGAAGGCUGGAAAGAAGGAGGAGGAAGUUGAAGAAGAGAGUAGGGACGGUCUGUCAGCGCCUGGAGGGUCCAACUCUUCGGCAAUGCGUAGCCAUGAUGGUGCGGAGAAGAUGAGGAUCGGAGCUGAAGAGGAGGAGAAGAGUGAAGUAGAGUCUCAAGGAAGGCAGGAGGCGGGAAAGGAGGGAGUAGAGGUAGCCAGUGUGGGGGAGCAGGAGAAGGGGGUGGAGGCAGAGGUGCAGGGUCAAAAGAAGGAAACGAGUGAAGGGAAGGACGACCGUUCCAAGCGCGAGGACAAGGACGAAAAAGGUCAUGCGAAUGGUGAGGGCAAGAGUUCAUCGAAGACGGGAGGAGGUAGUGGAGGUUCCAGCAGCGCUGCUGGGGAGGGCGAUGAGAAUGAGGUGCUCUAUCCUAUGAUGGUCACUGGGCCAAGUGGCGAAAAAGUGGAGCUAAUGGUUCUGCCGACAGACACAGUGAUGGAUAUAAGGCAGUUCCUUGCGGAUGCCCCAGAGACGUGCUUCUAUACGUGUUAUGAUCUCAUUCUGACGCUGCCAACAGGAAUGAGGUAUCAGCUUAUGGAUUACCUUGAGCUGUCCGAGGUGUGCGAUGUGGCAGCAGGGGGCUGCAAGUUGGAGAUGGUGGAUGCAUUUUAUGAUGAUAGGACAGUUCGUAAUCAUGUUCGGCGGACAAGGGACUUGAUAUCUACUUCGAACAUCCAUAUGUCUUUGUCGACAAAACUGGCAAUGGAAUUUGAGAAGUCGCUGGCAAAUGGGAAAUCGGCCCCUGAGACAUCAUCUUCCAAAAGCAUAGGAGCUGCCGCGAAGUUGGAUGCAGACAAAGUGGAUGGGGUUGCAGGAGGGACGGAUGGUCUUGGGUUUAUGGAGGACUCAGCAGGGCACCUUCUCAGGCUGCUUGUGGAAGCCCAGGCUUCUGACCCGGACGGUUCAUCCUGCCUGGGAAAACUGGCGUUCUCUUCGCUUAACCCAGUCCCUGGGUAUAGAAGGCUUCAAGGUGACAUCCUUUACCUUGACGUGGUUACUUUAGAGGGGAAGAAACUGUGCAUUACUGCACACCAGAGAGGUUUCUUUGUGAAUAAGACGACCGCAAGUGUGCUGAACCCGGAGCCGGCAUCACCGCGCCUGGAGGCGACAACACUUGUGGGAUUGCUCAAGAAGGCUAGUGACAAGUUUGCAGCAGGGUUUGCAGAUGUGUGGGAGAAGAAAAGUGCUGGUCACCAGUUCGAGAAUAUGCAGCUCUCUUUGCCACCCAACCCUUGGCUUGGUGCGACUCCGCCAGCAGCUCAUGUCCGUGAUGUUGCAAGGGCGGAAGAGGCACUGCUUACUCCAUAUGGGACUGAUGUGACGGGUAUUCAGAGGGACUGGAAUGAAGAGCUACAGAGCUGCAGGGAGCUACCAAGAGAAUCUCUCCAGGAUCGGAUAAUCCGUGAUAGGGCUUUGUAUAAAGUGACAUCUGAUUUUGUCGAGGCUGCGGUCAAGGGUGCAAAGGCAGUGGUUGGACACUCCAUCACACCGAUCAAUCCAACAGAUCCAGAGCGCUUCCAUAUGUACGUACACAAUGGGAUUUUCUUUAGCUUUGCGGUGGAUGGUGACUUCGUAAUGAUUCAGCAACUGAGGGAGGAGGAGCUCAAGCAGAAGCAGCAGGCCGAGCCCAAUGCCGAUGCAAAGGAGGUAACAGGGGAUGGAGAAAAGUUGGAAGCUGAGGUGGUUUCAUCAGAGGGCCCAGUAGGGGAAGGAACCUCACCAGCAGAUGGAUCAGCAGUGGAUGCCUUACCGUCUGGCGCGAAGCAGGCUGGAAGCAACCCACUUGUGUUGGAGGGAGAGCAAGCAACUUAUGCCUCUGCAAACAACGAUCUGAAGGGGACACGUGCCUUCAAUACAGCUGAUGUGUCUGGACUCUACACACUGGCCAUGGCAAUUGUUGAUUAUCGAGGAUAUCGUGUAGUGGCCCAGAGUAUCAUUCCUGGAAUACUCUAUGGUGACAAAUCAGCAUCACUUUUGUAUGGCUCGGUGGAUGGUGGGAAAAAGAUCGCGUGGAAUGAGAAGUUCCAUGUGAAGAUGUGUGAAGUUGGGAAGCUGUUGCAUAUUGCGGAGCACAGCGUGGAGGAUGGCUCAGGCAAAUCUGUGAAACUCUGUGGUCCUGUGGAAUGCAAGGGAAUUGUAGGGAGUGAUGACAGGCACUACAUCCUGGAUUUGAUGCGGACCAGCCCAAGGGACAAUCACUACACGGGCCCAAACUCACGGCUAUGUGUAUUGCGGCCAGAGCUGGUAGCUUCUUUCUGCCAGAGUGAGGCUCUGGAGAAGGUGAAAGAUGCUGGUGAUGUGACAAAGGAGGCAGAGGCAGAUGCACUGGCGUCCAUUGCUCUGAAUCCGAAUGUCUUCACCGAUUUUAAAGUCACUGGGGACCCUGAAGCAGUGAAAAACGAUGAGGAGUUGGUGAAAAAGGCGGGAGAGUUUCUUGUUGCGACAGUUAUUCCUAAGUUGAUCCAAGAUUUUAGCAUAUUGGAGGUGUCUCCGAUGGAUGGGCAAACACUGAGCGAGGCACUGCAUGCUCAUGGUGUCAAUAUACGAUAUCUGGGAAAAAUUGCAUCACUGUCAGAGAGCCUGAUCCACAUCAAGAGCUUGUGUAUCUCCGAGAUGAUUGUGAGAUCUGCAAAGCACGUGCUGAAGGCUGUGCUGAGAGAGACCAUGGAUCAGGACGUCGGUGGGGCAAUUGCACAUUUCCUGAACUGUUUCUUGGGAACAUCAGUGGGGUCUUCUCCUCCGGUAACCCCAUCCUCUCCCUCCAGUGAGCAGUCCGACUCGCCUGCUGUCGCCUCAGGCGGUAGUGGCAGUGUGACAGACAAACCCACUGGGGGGUCUCAGGAUUCUGGUUCACAAAAGAGCAAGACAAGGAAGAAAAAGAAGGGCGGAAAGGGUGGAAGCGCGUAUUCACCGGAGAAGGUAUCACCUGGGGUCAAUGGCGAGGAAGACAAAGGACCGAUGAAGGAGGAUUUAAAGCCAGGCUAUACUCGUAUUACUUCCGAGUUGGUUUGGGGAGACAUCAAAGAGGGAGUGAAGUUUAAGUAUCAGUUUGAGUUGCCGGAUGGUGUAAGGAGCUCAAUGCGAAAGCUGUCGGCUCUUCGAUCGUUCUGUCAGAAGAUGGGAGUAACAAUUGCUGCAAGGGAGUACAACUUCGAAAGUGAAGCACCACUUGCGAUCAGCGAUAUUUUAGAUCUCCAUCCAGUUGUGAAGCACUGUGCACCAAACUGUGCUGAUGCUCGCGAUCUGAUGGAUGGAGGGAAGAUCCGGCUGUCACAGGGGAAGAUUGAUGAAGCGUUGGAGUUGUUCUCCGAGGCAGUUGCUAUUUUGCAGCAGGUAUGUGGUCCUCUGCACAGAGAAGUCGCAAACUGCUGCAGGUACUUGGCAAUGGCACACUACCACAAGCAAGAUCUGCAGAAUGCUGUUGUGCAGCAGCACAAAGAGCUGAUCAUUAACGAACGGGUCUUAGGAGCAGACCACCCUGAUACGGCGCAUAGCUAUGGGAACAUGGCGUUGUUCUACCAUGGGCUGGGUCACACAGACCUGGCAUUGAAGCAUAUGCAGCGCACGCUACAUUUGUUGAACGUUGCCUGUGGACCUGAUCAUCCCGAUGUGGCAGCAACAUUCAUCAAUGUGGCAAUGAUGUAUCAGGACAUCCAGAAGAUGCAUGUGGCACUUCGAUAUCUGCAGGAAGCGCUGAUGCAAAACGAGAAACUUCUAGGACCUGAUCAUUUGCAGACUGCUGUUUGCUUCCACGCACUUGCGAUUGCGUUCAACUGCAUGGGAGCGUACAAGCUAUCAUUGCAGCAUGAGCGCAGCACAUAUAACAUUCUGCUGAAGCAGCUUGGAGAGGAUGAUCCAAGAACGAAGGACUCAGCUCAUUGGGUUCGGACUUUCCAAAUCCGUGAGCUUCAGGCCCAAAAGCAGCGUGGACAGGCUGCUCAGUUGGCGGCCGCCCAGAAGGCGGCGCAGGCAAUUCAAGCGAAGGCGGAUUUGGUAUCUGCGUUAGCUGCUGCUAGCAGAAGUGGAGGGAGGGGGAUUGGCAAAGGGAUACGUGGUGACCCUGCGGCGUUGACGGCUUCCUUGAGCACUCAGGGAGGCGGUAUUCGGCGUGGAAUAGAUGAGAGAGCACAGAAAGCAGCAGCGGAGGUCCGGCGGAGAGCGGCUGCGAGGGGAGUGGCAGUGUCCCGAUCCCAUGUUGGCGGAAGUCACGGGGGCGGUACAGUGCCUCUCGACGAGUUACUCAGUUUCAUAAAUGGCGCACAUGGAGCUAUGAAAGUGCCAUCUUCAGGGACAUCGGGGGUGUCCAAGGGCGGGGGAGGUACAAGAACCGGUGGCGUUGUGAAAGGAGAUGUCGGCUUAGGUGCGGGGCUUGUUUCAGCUGUCGGUCUUGGUAGCGGAGGGCCAGGCGAGAGCUCUACACAAGGUGAGAGGAAGUCUGCUCGAGCUAUUGCUAUCCCUAGCUCAGGUUCUGCUUCCGUAUCAAGCAGCUCAAAGACGACCUCAUUACCGAACGGGGACACCGUGAAGAGAGAGUCGAUUUCCUCCCCGGAUCAGAGCAGCAAGGUCCCCGAGGGGCUCGGCAUGGGACUCGGGGCACUCGAUGUAGACAGCAAGAAGAAGAAGGGCAAAACUAAGAAGCCUAAGCAGUAAACUUGUGGCUCUCACAAAUGCCCACGCGUACCCUGCCUGCUCUCUGGUUGUUCUCAAACUGCUGAAGUAAGGGGAAGGAGUGGAAGCGUGGGUUUCACGGGCCAGCGCAGGAGGGUGCAAAGCUCAGAGGAUGAGGGGCGUUGUGUACCCUCCUUGUUUGGCCUGGAGUUGCCGCCACGGUCGUGACGAUCAAAGGAGGGUGUACUCCAGUGAUAACAUACGUGUGCAGUUUGCAGAUGGUGUAACAGUUUGUGGGGCUAGAAGCAGAAGUCGUACACUGGAAUGCCUUUUUCAGAUGAAAGUAGUUUGUUGUCGGAGUAUUUUCGUGGUGAAAAGACAGAUGGAGUGAUCCCAAAUAGUGGUGGCAUCUCUGUCGAGGCCUGACCAUUUGUGUCGAGCUAUGUCUACUUUCCAAUUUUGGAGUUGUCAUUUCCGGCCCAUCCUUGGCGAGUUGGAAGAGAGUCCAAUGUGCCAUCAUAAGGGCUGAAUAGAGGGUUUGUCUUCUUGUAUGCGUGAAUUAGAGUAGGUCGAAGGGUGAGCAGGGAUGAAAGGGAAGAAGAGGUGAUACAGUGACAGUUGGGCAUGGGGAUGGGGUGUCGCUUAAUGGAGUGUCUCGGUAGAAUGUGGAGUCAUGUUCCUUUGUGAUUGCGUGCAUUGAGGCGUGUGAUUGACUGCAUCAAGAUGGCGAGAAAGGUGUGAUGAUUGGGGGGAGGCGGAAAGGAGGAAGAGUGUGUAUGUGUGUGUGUGUGUGGGUGAGAGAGAGAGAGAGAGAGAGAGAGAGAGAGAGAGAGAGAGAGAGAGGUGGGAGGUGUGUAUUGGGACAUACUUGAAUCAUCGAAUUGGGGAUUAGCAUCGAAAGUGACGAAGAAGAUUUUUYGUGCCUUCUAUUCUACAGGCGAUGGUCAUAUUCCAGCUGGCACUGGGAGGGGGGGAGGUGCCGUUCGGUAGAGACAUCCUGUGUGUUGUUCUUACUGAAUACGGAUGGCGAGGUUGCCCCUUGAUUCUGAGAAUACCUUCAAAGUCCUUGUGACUAUUCUGCGAAUAUCUUGAAGCAGGCUGUCUUGCGGCGUUCACUACCUUGUAUGUCAACGUUGUCAAAUCGCAGUACCGGUGUUGUCUCGCAACGUUUCGUGGAUGUAGACUUUGGUCGCUCAUACUUUGCAAUCGUUUGCGGAAUCAACUUGCUUGCAGAGAGAGUUCAUGUUGAUUCGUUGAUCGGACAGGGACAGGCGCGUACUGUUGGAGUUUUGCUUAGCAAAGUUCGCAUUCAUUCAGCUUCAGACUCAGGUCAGAUCUGUCUAUGCCUCUACGUAUUGCGUAAAUGUGUUGGAGGAUCCCGGAGUGUGGAUUGCUUGGUCGUUUUGGCGGCGUUCGCGCUCUUUGAGUGGAAUGAGAGGUGAUCGGUUCAACCCUCAGACAGAGCAGAUCAUUUAUGUGUCAAAUCUAUCAUCAUCAUCAUCCAUGUGAUACCGUAGGAAAAAAUGUAGUGGUUUGACUCUCUCUUCCAUUUGCCUUUGUUUAUCAAAAAUUGCCUUUGCUUAUUACUAUUCUUAUCCUUGUAUACCUGAUCUACAUGCAGUUUGUGUAAACUUUGUUUGUGCAAAAUAAACACUGCGAUACUUU